GAGAAGUGCGCAGAGAGCGGAGCAGAAGAAUAUCACAUUACAGAAUGGAGGGCGCCUUCGGGUUGCCGAUGGGCGCAAAAUGGUGGUACAGCGGCAGGAAGAUGAGGUGGCAAUCGCCCGGAAGGUGGUCGAGGCCGCAGAGUUAAAGUAUCGUAACGCACUCAAACGUUGCUAUUUUGAGACGGCAAAAGAGGCACGCUUAUGGCGGACGUCAGGGAAGCUUGCUAUGGUAUCUAUUUACGAAACUGGCUAUCCAUGCCGGUUGUUGAAGCGAUUCGAGUUACAAUAGAGGAAAAAGUGGCGAUAUGGGUGGUGGGCUUGACCGCCAUCCUAAAGAGUGGGGCGUGGCACGGAUACCAGUGGCAGGAGCUCUCGACCAGGCUCGACUCGUGGCGCGUCACCCUCACCAGCAUCCUAGUUGGUGCAUGCGUUUCGUUGUCGAUUGCUCUCGUGCUCCAAGAACGGAAGACCAAAAUUCCUCUAUUAGGGCGGAGAUGCGUUGGGGCGAAGAUUUACGUGCAUUGUCGGUUGCAAUACUAGGCGGCUAAACCCAGCCCUAACAGACGGCUAACAGCCGGUGCCAAGAAAUGGGGUUGUCGAGGGGGAGGGUGGCCCUAUUGGUUGAUAGCCACCGGGCGCAAUAAAUAUGCGCACGCACACGCGCGUGCGCGCGUGUGUGUGUGUGGCUCGUUACCGACCGGAAUGACGGGCAGGUACGGCGCAAGACUAAGACUGCUCGUCAGAUGUCCUCGACUAACAUUGUUGCUAUCAUAUGUCUGUCACAUGUUAGGGACUGAAUAACCUCGCUGCCUUAA